AUGGCUGAAAAUAUUUAUGAUUUACAAGAGAGUGGCGUGUGGAAACAAACAUCAGUAUUGCCCGUCUCACCUACGGCGGGUCCUGUUUUGCGUUUGUGUUGGGCACAUCCAGAAUUUGGAGUAAUUAUAGCAACAGCUACUUUCGAUCGAUUCGUUAAUGUCUGGGAAGAAGUCCCAGCAUCGCUAAGUGAUUCAGAACUUUAUGCAACAAAAUGGGUGAAUAAAGGACCCUUAUGUGAUUUGGCAUCGACUUAUAACACAGUUGCAAUAAAAUUUGCUCCAAAACAUUUAAAUUUAAUAUUAGCUAUUGCAUUUUAUGAUGGUAUUGUUCGAUUUUACGACUUUACCGAUGGUGAAGGACGAAUAAAGGAAGAGAUUCAAACAAAAAUGUCUUGUUUGAAUUGUUUAUCAUGGAGUACUGCAAGGUAUCAUUUACCUACUGUGUUGGCUAUUGGAAGUGACGAUUGCAAUAGUACAGGAAAUAAAUUACAGUUAUGGGAGUAUGAUAUGAACCGUAAAGCAAUUAAAGUUGAACAAACAAUAGCGAUGACAGACACAAUAAAAGAUUUACAAUUUGCUCAAAAUUUUGGACAAUCCUAUCACUUAUUAGCUGUAGCAUCACAUUGUAUUCAACUAGUUACCAUAAAACCACAAAAAAAAGAACCCAAUGAUUUGAAGGCAAGCGUAUAUGAAUUCAGAAUAAUAUCGACUUUGGAUGAUCAUGGAUCAACAGUAUGGCGUGUAUCGUUUAAUGUGUUUGGCUCUGUUUUGUAUAGUUGUGGCGACGAUGGACGUGUUAGACAAUUUAAAGGUUCAACGAAUAAUGGUCCAUGGAUAUGCAUUAACACGGUACAAACAGAUGGAUCAAUGAUUCCAACUCAUGAAAAGCCUAUCACUGAAUCAAAUCGAACAGAUAUUUCAUCCAAUGAGUCGAUUACUACGAAAAGUGAAUGA